GGGACCCCCCCCGCCCCCCGCGGCAGGGCUGGGUUUUGGAGGAGCUGCUGCUUGCGGCGAAAUAAACGCGCCCCGGGGCAGGUCCAGAGCCCGGGGUGAAAUGGGCCGGGGGGCGAACCCAAAGCAGCGUUUGUCUGCCCCGGAGUCAGAGCCAGCGGCCCCGGCCGAGCCCCCCGGCCGGCCCCAGCCGGCAGCUGCGGACCCCCACCCGCCGCCGCCGCGUCCCCGUCCAUCGCCAAGGGAGGGGGGGUCCGUGCCAAGCCUCCUGCCGGCUCCUGUCCCCGGCUGGCGCUGCCCAGGUCUCGCCCCCGGCGCCUGCGCUGCCCUGCGCUCAGUGCGGCGCAGCCUCUCGCCUGGCACCCGGGAGCUGCUGCUUCCCUGCCCGGGUCCCACCGCUCCGGAGGGGCCGGACCCGGACGUGGCCCGGCCAUUCCCUGCCUUGGCACCGGUGCCCAAAGCACGAGACGCGAGCGAUCCCCCCCCUCCGCCCUGCGAGACAAGUCCCGGCACCUCCCGCUCCAGCCAGGGGGCCGGCGACCGCGGGCAGAGCCGGCCAGACCCCCGCUCCACCAUGUCGGCCCUGCUGAAGAGCCUAGUGGGUGCGUCGGAGAAGUCAGCCCGCAUCGCCCAGCUGUGCCGCCAGGAGGAGGCGCUCUUCCAGCUGCUCAUUGAGGAGAAGACGGGCACCGACAAGAACAAGAAGUUUGUGCAGGAUUUCAAGACGCUGGCGGACGUGCUCAUCCAGGAGGUCAUAAAGCAUGACGUGGGCAAGGAGUUCCCGGAGCUGCACGGCCACAUCUGCGGGGAGGAGUCCAACAAGUUUGAGAACAGCCUGGGAGAGACCCUGGUGGUGCAGGUGUGCGCGACCCAGCGGGACACGGCCUCGCUGCUCUUCAAAAUCCUGGACCGGAACCAGCCGGCGGCCGAGCUGCUGGCAGCGGCCAUCCACCAGGAGGUGGCUCUGCAGGACCCGGCGCUGGACACCGUGGGGCUGGCGAUCCCCCCGGAGAGACUGGCCAUCUGGAUCGACCCCAUCGACUCCACCAAUCAGUAUAUCCGUGGCCAGGCCAGCGUGGCGCCCGUUGGUGGCAUCUGCCCGUCCGGGCUGCGCUCGGCACUGGUGCUCAUCGGGGCGUAUGACCGCAGCUCGGGGGACCCGGUCCUGGGGGUCAUCAACGAGCCGUUCUUCCGGGAGGACCCCGUCACCCACAGGUGGCAGGGCGUGUAUCACUGGGGCGUCUCGUACCAGGGCACCAGCCUGUGCUCGCUGAGCCGGCCCCCGCUGCGCCCCGAGCCCUCCGUCGUCCUGAGCCGCAGCGAGACGCCGGCCAUCCAGCGGGCGCUGAGGCCCCUGUACGGGGAGCGGCUGCGCUUCGCCUCGGGCGCCGGCUACAAGAUGCUGUGCGUGAUCCUGGGGCUGGCCGAGGCCUACGUCCUCUCGGAGGGCAGCACCUUCAAGUGGGACUCCUGCGCCCCCCAUGCCAUCCUGCGGGCCCUGGGCGGAGGGAUGGUGGACCUGGAGGCUGCCCUGCAGGCCUGGCGCGCCGGCCAGCGGGGGGCGCUGCCAGAGCUGACCUACAGCCAGCCUGCGGGGGGCGCUGUGGGGGCCGAGCGCUGGGCCAACCGGGGCGGCCUGGUGGCCUUCAUGCACCGUGAACACCUGGAUGUGGUGCUGGCCACGCUGGCCACUGCUGCCCUGUGACCCUCAGGGGGCUGCCUUGGGGAAGGGGCAGCCUGACUCCGCCUCUGCUGCAGCAGGGGGCGGGGCCAGCCCCCGCCCGGCGUGGUCUGUGGGGGUGGGGGCAGUUGGGCACCAAGGGCGCGAAGGGGCGGGGGCGGCAGCACCAUUCGGAGGAGGGGCAGGGGGCUGCAGGCAGCCCCUGCUUCCCUGUCGGGUGCCGCAGACCUGGGCGUCUGACGCCACCCCCACCCCCUGGAGCCUUCCAGCCUCACCCCCUCUGCUAGGGCUGCCCGUGCUGAGCUCGCCCCUUUGUGCCAGCCUCCGCCGGGCCCCCAUUAAACCAUGCCUUUCUUUUCCUGC